UUGAAGGAUCAAAGUAUAUAUCGACAACAAACUUUGCCGCCGACUUUAGUCCCGGGGUACAGUAUAUAUACUAGUGACAGUCGGGGACGCUGCCAUGACAAUAUAUCCGCGUUGCUAGGAUACGGUAACCAUGACGACUCGGACGUCACUCGGAGGUUUUCCGACUGGCAACAUUGAAGCCUUACUAGACGUUUCGUUUUGAUGUUUCGUUUUGAUACGAGACUAUAGACUAUAGAUAUCCAGGCUAGGCGUUGAAGGAUCAAAUUGUUUCUAGAACAGACUAGUACUUUGUCGCCGACUUCCGUCAAAGCACACUGACAGGCAUCAUGUCUCCGCUGACCGCCGCCGCGAUUUUCCUUUUGCCCCUGACGGCCGCAGUCGUCACCACCCCCGUGCGGGGCGGCAGGGCUGCCCGGCAAACUGGGCCUGACUCGCAGUAUGUGGAAGACUCUGCAGUAAGGAAUAGCAGGGUAGCGCGACAAGCUGAGCCGGACAUCGAGCCUGUGGGCAUCCAGUCUGCGGACAUCUAUGUGGUCAGACGGACCAACUCUUCUUCUCCGGCCCCCACCGUCAACCCUGAACCCGCCUGCAACGCGUCGGGGUACGACACGGAAUUCGGGUCGCCAUUCACGUUCAAAUGCGGUCCGAACUACGCCCUAACUACGAUCAGGAGCACGUACUGCAGCGCCCCUGGCGAUCGGGCCUGGAAGUACAGCUGCACGUACAUGGGGCUGGGGCAUCAGGAGUGCUACUGGUCUCCGUUUGUGAACGACGUUGGCUCGGUCCUCUUUUACCAGUGUCCCUUUAACAGCAUCGUCACCGGCUUCUACAGCGAGUUUGACGCGUCCCAGAAUGACCGCCGCUGGAAGGUAAAAUGCUGCAGGACCGAGAAGAGUAUCAUCUACAACUGCCAGUUUGAAGCGCCCCCUUACUGUUAA